AUGAACAGCAUAAGGUAUAAAGCAGCGAUUUUGAGAUUAAGCUGCUCUGUCUGGCGCUGUGACCAGCCGUGGACGAUGUGUCGCGUGCGAUUACUGCUGCUGUGCUUGUGCGUGCUGGUGGCCAUGACAUUAACUCUGGCGAUAUCACUAUCUAACCACCAAACAACAGAUUAUGAUUUGCUUCCCAGACCACCCAAUCUGUUCAAAGAUAAACUGAAUCACCAGCCAGGUAGGCCUACUGUUGCCCAGGUGAAGCGGCUCAUCUCACAAGUGAACUGGGCAAGAUUGUGGUAUUCCCAUCUGCAACCCAUUCUCACUGAACGACAGCCAGGGAGUCGCGGAAGCCGGACUGUUCGAAAACACAUCUUCUCUCUACUGGACUCUCUAUCUGCGGACUGGUCUGUAGAAGUGGACUCCUUUAUCUCUGAAACCCCUCAUGGCCCUGUUAGUUUCUCUAAUGUUCUGGCCGUGUUAGACCCCAUGGCUCCUCGCAGAUUGCUUUUGGCUUGUCAUUAUGACUCAAAAUCCAUACCUGCAGAUCCCAGUGAGCCAAAGAAGGUGUUUGUGGGUGCCAUUGAUUCCGCCGUACCCUGUGCUAUGAUGCUGGAGCUGGUCACUGCUUUGGACCCACACUUAAAAAAGCACAAGCAACUGAUGUCUCAGGUAACCCUGCAGUUGGUCUUCUUUGAUGGAGGAGAGGCUUUUGAGCAGUGGAGUCCAUCAGACUCACUAUAUGGUUCACGCCACCUUGCAGACCACAUGUCCCGCAUUCCUCACCCUCCAGGAUCUGAACAUACUACGCUACUAAAUGCUGUGGAUCUCCUUGUUCUUUUGGACCUCAUUGGUGCGCCAGAUCCCAUGAUAGUGAAUCAUUUUGAUAACACAGCACGUUGGUUUGACCGCCUUAUUGCUGCAGAGAAGAGACUUCAUCAUCUGGGCCUCCUGACUUCCCAUUCCAAUGAGCAGAGUUAUUUCAGGAAGGAUGUGAACAUGGGGCCGGUUGAAGAUGAUCAUCUUCCUUUCCUUGAUAGAGGAGUUCCAGUGCUGCAUAUUAUUGCUACGCCUUUCCCUUUCUUCCUGCACACGAUGGAGGACACAGCGGACAAGAUUCAUAGCCAUACGGUGGAAAAUCUCACAAAAGUCCUUGUGGUCUUUCUGGCAGAAUAUCUACGGCUCUAGGUGUGCUAUAAAGUUACAGCCAACCACAUCUGUCAUGGAAUAGACUAUACCUCAGCUUCAUUGCUUUAGGAUAUCUGACAUCAGUGGCUAUUAUCACUGUAUUCUUACUGUACUGUAUAAUCUCAGGCUGCUAACCUAUAUCCUGACAUAUGCUUGGAUUUUCUAUCAUAUUGUCAUGUAUUGUGACUAGGGCUGGGUAUUGAUACAGAUUUCUCGACUCGAAGUUCUUGAUUCGAUUUCUAUUCGAUAACAAUUUAUAUGGGUAUAUUUAAGUUAUAUUGCCCCUUUUGCUGAAAGAAAUUCUCCCUCAGCUAAUGCCGUUAAUUAUACAGGAGACCUUCUAACUAGGUACAUUUCCGAAUUAUUUUACUUAUUUGUUUACCCUUAUCUGUCAUAAUUUUGGUCACAUUUUGGCUUUUUAAAAAUUAAAAAAUCCCUUUAUUCAACCAAUAAAUUAGAUAUUAUAUUUAUAUUUCAUAUUUAAUUUUUUGUUACAUGUUUAUUGCUUAAUUGCAUAACAGUAUUUACAUUGAUUUGUUGAACACGGUAUUCAAUCAAUAAAUUAGAUAUAAUAUUUAUAUUUCAUAUUUAAUUUUUUGUUACAUGUUUAUUGCUUAAUUGCAUAACAGUAUUUACAUUGAUUUGAAAAAAAAAACUGGCACUGUCUGUUUAACAAAACCGGCAUUUCUUAAAGAGUGUCU